CAGUAUUUAAGCAGAAUGCCGCGGGAUUGGUUCAACUGGGCAUCUAAGGUUGACAACAGAACAUUGUCUCAAAUAGAUUUCAACCAACUUGAUAAAACCAACUGCAGAAGCAUCAAUUUGGGAAUACAGACAAACAACUCAAGAAUUCUGAGUCAAGAACAAAUAUUAAAUUCUUUAAAAGCACGAGAGGAAUGCGGUAGUACCAGCCUAGAUCUCACAUUUCAAAAGAUAAUACGCCUGAACCCUCCCACCUCAGGUUUAGUAAUGGGUGUAGAUUCUGAAACUAAGGCCGAGGAUGAAUCUAGAAACGGUUUAAGCUCCUGGUAUGACAGGCUACGCUGUGACCCUGCAAGUUUAUCUUCCUCCGUCAGAUCUUCAUUCUCCGGAGCCAGUAGUAGCAGGACGGUUAGUGAGUGUGAUCAUGGUAUUCCGGUAGAGAUCCUUGCUGAUAUAUUAGUAGACGAAGAUGAGGAGGUGGAGGAGGAAACUGUAGAGGGGGAGGAUGCAAGCAGGCUCCUGGAGAACUGGAUAAAUAACAUCAAGGAUAUAACCCAAGAUCCGUUCCAGGAUCAACACGGACAGGAUCCAAGUGCAGUUAAUCCCAGAACUGCUGUUCGGAUUGAUCCCUACCAUGGAUUCAGCUGGAGAAAUAAGGACGCAUUCAACAUAACCUGGAACGGUUCGGAGGAUACUAGCAAGAUGUUCCAGGGCCGAGGGGUUGUUGCAUUCGAGGACGGAGGAGAAAUCGGAGGCAUCUGGAAGGAUGGUGUUAGAUACGGCAAGUGCAGCACUGUCUGCCCUGGUAAGGGAAUCACCCAACUUAUUGGAAACUAUAAGAACAAUAAGCUCUGCGGAGUUGGGAAGGUUUUCCUGGAGAAUGGAGACAUCAUUGAAGCGGAGUUUAGAGAUGGAUGUUUCAACGGUUUAGCGAGAAUAAUGAAUGAUUAUAAGGAGGUUUCCUGGGUUGGACGGUAUAAAGGAGGUAGAGAGACCGGACCCUGCUGGAGCUUCAGGUUGGGCGGAGGAUGUAUAACAGGAGAGGUUGAUGAGUUAGGCCGGUUAACUGGAGAUAACCUAGUUUAUAUCUACCCAGACUUUAAAACCUGUCUCCAGGGUAGGUUCAAGGACGGACAGUUUAUCUCCGGACACCAAACUUCAUUGAAAACCGUCUCCAUCAGAAAGGGGUUGGCUGAGAUAACUGUAAACCCUAGCUGGGGUCCGGAGCUAGAGUUUUCUCCUUCAACCACUGAGAUGAUUUGUAAAAACCUUCUCCAGGCUGAACCGUAUGAGUUGAACACAGUUGAGAUCCGUCCUAGUUUAGCUGGAGCUGGAGAUGGAUUGUAUGCUAGGAGAGACCUCAACCCUAAAACUGUGGUUGCAUUCUAUAACGGAGUUAGGAUACCUAAAGAGAAGACGGAUGAGGAUGAAACUUGGGAGGAUUGUUCCUACAGGAUAUUCCUGAACCCCGAGGGAGAAGAGGAUUCUUCGGAGAGGAUGGAUAUACCUAUUCCGUUCAGGGAUAUAAACAAGUACUGUGCUACACUGGCGCACAAAGUAAACCAUUCCUUCCAACCAAACUGUGAGUUUGGAAUCUAUCAGCAUCCUCUCUACGGAACAGUUCCUUGUGUUACUACAAAUCAUAAGUGAAGGUGGAAUGUAAAUUACAAGGGGUGUAAAUUAUCAAAGAAGGUGGAGUGUAAAUUACAAGGAGUGUAAAUUAUGAAAGAAGGUGGAGUGUAGAUUACAAGGAGUGUAAAUUAUGAAAGAAGGUGGAGUGUAGAUUACAAGGGGUGUAAAUUAUGAAAGAAGGUGGAGUGUAGAUUACAAGGGGUGUAAAUUAUGAAAGAAGGUGGAGUGUAGAUUACAAGGGGUGUAAAUUAUGAAAGAAGGUGGAGUGUAGAUUACAAGGGGUGUAAAUUAUGAAAGAAGGUGGAGUGUAGAUUACAAGGGGUGUAAAUUAUGAAAGAAGGUGGAGUGUAGAUUACAAGGGGUGUAAAUUAUGAAAGAAGGUGGAGUGUAGAUUACAAGGGGUGUAAAUUAUGAAAGAAGGUGGAGUGUAGAUUACAAGGGGUGUAAAUUAUGAAAGAAGGUGGANGACAGAUUCAGGACUGCAGCUAGAAGCAGUUCUAGGACAGAUUCAGGACUGCAGCUAGAAGCAGUUCUAGGACAGAUUCAGGACUGAAGCUAGAAGCAGUUCUAGGACAGAUAAAGGGAUGGCUAGGGGAUUAAUACUGUUCUAGGACAUAUAAUGGGAUGGGUUGCUUUAGGGGCUAAAUACAGAUCAGAUUAUGGGCCGGCUAGGGGCUGAAGAAGAACAGAUUACGGACCGGCUAGGGGCUAAAUAAUGUGCAGAUCAGAUUAAGGGCUGGCUAGGGGCUAAAAACAGAUCAGAUUAAGGGCCGGCUAGGGGGUAAAUACUGAUGAGAUUAAGGAUUAUUUUGUUCAGGUGUGUAAAGACGAGGAAUUAACCUGUUACUACAAGUAUGCUCUCUGUGACUGUCCAGAAUGGUAUGCGCAGCUUUGGGAGACUUACGGAAGUCUUACGAAAACCUAACCUUUGGGAGACAGACCCAACCAACUUUGAGAUACAACAGAAGAAACUGAUAAUCCAGCUUUUAGAGACAUACGGAGAACUUACAGAACCUAACCAGUUUUGAGUAGUACCUGCGGAGCAAUUAAUUAAACCUUACCAGCUUUUAUAGACAUACAGAGAACUUAAUAAAACUUACCAACUUUGAGAAA